AGAAAAGACAAGAUAACAUUUUGGCCUCUCUGAAUUAAACGCAUCUUUCCUCUCCUCACAUUCCCCCAAAAACCUGGAGAACCAUGCACUUGCCAAUUUCACCUUCUUUAGUUGUCUCAGUCUCCUUUUACGACACGUUCUUCUUCCUUCUCUUUCAAUGAGUUAUAGAGACAAAGAAUCAUCGUCAUCUUUAGCAGCAAUGAAUGAGUAUAGCGAGACCGUCAGGAAUAAGAUACAAGCGCUUGUCCAUGUUAUUAAAGUCGCUCGUGCCUAUAGAGAAGACAACGUCCCUUCCCUUAUCCAAGAGGGUCUUUAUCUUGGAUCCGUAGCAGCAGCUUGCAACAAGAACCUCUUGAAAUCCUACAACGUUACUCAUAUCCUAACCGUAGCUUCCUCCUUGAGACCUGCUCACCCUGACGAUUUCAUCUACAAGGUUGUUCGAGUUGUGGAUAAGGAAGACACAAACUGAAUGUACUUCGAUGAGUGUUUUGAUUUCAUUGAUGAAGCCAAGAAGCUAGGCGGCAGCGUUCUUGUCCAUUGCUUCGUUGGCAAAUCACGCAGUGUCACUAUAGUUGUUGCUUACCUCAUGAAGAAACACGGAAUGACUUUAACCCAAGCAUUGCAACAUGUUAAGAGCAUUAGACCUGUGGCAAGUCCUAACGCCGGUUUCAUCAAGCAAUUACAAGACCUCGAAAAGUCUUUACUAGAGGAUCUUUACUUUGUUCCUAUGAAGCAACAACAGGAAAGUAAGAUUUGAGUGAGCGGAACUCGUAGCACGUGAGGAUGAAAAUUAGAGUUGUUGUAGAGGAACAAGGCUGUUUCAUGUAAAUAACUCUUUACUUGCAUCUUCCUCUCUCUCUUUCUCUAAAACAGGAAAUCAAGAACCAAUUGCACAAUGUCAAGCGUGAAGAACCUAUCCAUAUUGUACCUUUGGAGGAAACUUGUAUUUUUCACACGGAUCAUCAUAUGUUUUGUUGUUUCUCCUUUACAAAAUAUGGAAAUGAUUCUGUAAUUUUUCACUGUUCAUGAAUGUCAUAGCCUUUAAGGUAAACAAAAAGCAAAAGAUAAAAUAACCUGUAAAUAUUUUGAAUUAUAACAUAACAACAACAUCUCUUCAUAUGCUA